GUCUGGCACUGAGCUCGGUGGGGGCUGGGAACACACGUAGCUGCCUCGCUGCUCUAGAGGGUGGCUGUUUGCGGCUGCCAGGAGAGGCCCCUGCAGAACUAGCGGCUCCGGCACUCUUUGGCCUAAGGAGGAAGUGACCAGAACAGGGGAGAAGAGUGCGCAGUGCUCUGACACUGAGUCGGGGGGGGUCAGUGCUGCCUCCUGCACCUGCUCACCCAGGCUGUCGCAGCCUCACUGUGUCUGCCCUUGUGCCUUCUCGCUGGCUUCACAAGGUGCCCACCAGUAUGAAAUACUAUGACCCGGCCUCGCUGCCCCGGUGCCGCGGGUGCUCCCAGCGCCUCAAGCCAGCACGGACAGUGCGCUUCCCCAAUGACGUUGUCUUCCAGGACAACAUCAGGCUGGGGGACCUGGAGCAGGUGGGCAGGUUUAUCCGAGCCAGGAAGGUCACCUUGAGCACCCUCUACCCCUCCGGCAAGGCAGCCCUCCAUGAAGCCGUGCUCGCUGGGAACCUCGACUGUGUCAAACUGCUGGUGCGAUACGGUGCGGACAUUCACCAGAAGGACGAGAAUGGCUGGACCCCCCUGCACAUGGCCUGCAGCGAUGGCUACAUUCACAUAGCCAGGUACCUCAUCUCUUUAGGGGCCAGGCUUGAUGCCACCAAUGACGAAGGGGAGAAACCAUCUGACCUCAUCGACGCUGACUCCAAGGACCUUGUGGAGCUCUUUAAAGCUGCCAGGAUGGACUGAGGCGUCUCUCCCUGGCGUGGGGCUCCUGUCGCUCGGACUCUCCAGCAGCGGAGGUGGGGCAGUGCAGUCGUCAGUCCUGGGGGCUGCUGAUCAGGGCAGUUUAGGGAAAGCAGAGAGUUUUGCUGUAACGUGUGCAUAGGAGAGUCUAGGGACAGAGAGAGUUCACCCAAUAACUACACUGCAGGGCUGCGAGCUACCUCAAGCUCCCCAGAGCCCCCGGAUCGCCAGGGGCACCAUGGGGAGAAACUGACCCUUCUCCACCGCUCUCAGCCCCACCGCAGAGCCAGUGUCCAUCUUCAGCUAAAACUGGAUUGGCCAAAAGAGCAGUGGUUGGAACGCGCUGGUUCUGGCUGGCACGGGUGUGUGGACACUGAAGCAGCGGGGGUCUGAGCUGGCACUGGGUGGGCUCUGCUGUGUGGAAGCACAUGCUGAUCGGGCCCAGCUGGCGCUGACAGUGGCACUGUCUCACUGGAGGCAUUAAAGCUGUUUCUUUGAGCUGCAGCUCCUCGGAAUAACCCUUGUCCGUCCGGGGCAGAGAGAGAGAACGUUAGCCCAGCUCUCUUGGUAGCAGGUAAUGCUGUACAGAUUAGAUAUCUUGUCGUAAUGUCACUGUGUUAAAAGUCCUAUUUUGGACUGAGCCAACUAUAGAUUUGCUUUUCUACCAUACUGUCCAAUGGGUUGACCUGGUGGCCGGGUUCUUUUUGUUACUUUGCAAAUACUUUUUACUUUUUCAAUAAACUGAUUUCCGGAGA